ACAUCAAAACCCAAUCCUUUUUCUCUCCCCCUCCACCCAAGCUUUCUUCUACUGUUUUCUCCUAAAUACCGCCACCGCUGCCCUCCACCUUUCGACGGCCUAAAACGAAGCUCUUGCUUCAGCCCUGCCGCCACCAUGCCAGAGGCACCAAAGCCCAUACUCUCGCCGGCUUCCGUUCCAGAUGAGCACCGCAAGGCCCUCGAAUUCAUCGAAGAUGUGACCGCCAACGCGGACAAAGUACAGCGCCGCGUGCUUGCCGAGAUCCUGGCGCAGAACGCCCCUGCCGAGUACUUGCACCGGCACGGCCUGCCCAGCCGCACCGCUCCAGAUCCCGACGCCUUUAAGCGCCUCAUCCCGGUCGUCACCUACGAAGACAUCCGGCCCGAUAUCCUCAGCAUCGCCCAUGGAGACACCUCUCCCAUCCUCUCCGGCCGCCCCAUCUCCGAAUUCCUCACGAGCUCGGGGACAUCGGGUGGCGAGCGAAAACUCAUGCCGAUGAUCGAGGACGAGCUGGACCGCCGCUCGGUGCUGUAUAGCCUGCUAAUGCCGGUGAUGAGCCAAUUCGUGCCGGGCCUCGACGAGGGCAAGGGAAUGUACCUCCUGUUCGUGAAGUCCGAGGCGCGCACUCCUGGUGGCCUAAUAGCCCGUCCUGUUCUCACCAGCUACUACAAGAGUCGCCACUUCCUCAGCCAGCCUUUUGACCUCUACAACGUUCUUACCAGCCCCAACGAAGCCAUCCUCUGCCUGGACUCCUAUCAAAGCAUGUACGCUCAGCUACUCUGCGGCCUAAUUCAUCGGGCCGAGGUGGUCCGCGUCGGUGCCGUCUUCGCCUCGGGCUUUAUCCGCGCCAUCCGCUUCCUGGAGAAGUACUGGCCGCGACUGUGCCGCGACAUCCGGUCCGGCGAGCUCGAUGCCGAGAUCACCGACCGGGCGGUAAGGGAGGCGGUGGUGCGCGUUCUGCGCCCGGAUCCGGAACUCGCUCGCCUAAUCGAGGCGGAAUUCGGCAGGGGUUCAUUGCAGGGCAUCAUACCCCGCCUGUGGCCCAACACAAAGUACGUCGACGUGAUUGUCACCGGCGCCAUGGCCCAGUACAUCCCUACGCUUGACUUCUAUAGCGGUGGCCUGCCAUUGACCUGCACGAUGUACGGGUCGUCGGAGUGCUACUUUGGCCUCAACCUCAAUCCCAUGUGCAAGCCAAGCGAAGUCUCCUACACAUUUAUCCCUACCUUUGCCUACUUCGAGUUCCUGCCCAUUCACUGCAGCGGCAAUGGCCGCACGGAGUUCGAUCACCGGGAAUUGGUGGACCUCGUGGACGUGAAGCUCGGCCAGGAGUACGAGCUCGUGGUCACAACCUACGCUGGGUUGUAUCGAUAUAGAGUCGGUGACGUGUUGAGGGUGGCGGGAUUCAAAAACAAGACACCGCAGUUCAACUUUAUCCGGCGGAAAAGUGUGGUGUUGAGCAUCGAUUCUGACAAGACCGACGAGGUCGAGCUCCAAGCAGCGGUGAGCAACUCAGUCAACCAUCUCAAGCCGUUCGGUGCGUCGCUGGUGGAGUACACGAGCUGCGCAGACACCGUCAGCAUCCCAGGCCACUACGUGCUCUACUGGGAGUUGCGAGCUGGAGAUACGACGGUGCCGGCGUCGGUGUUCGAGGACUGCUGCUUAGCAGUGGAGGAGUCACUGAACAGCGUGUACCGACAAGGACGGGUGUGCGACAAGUCGAUCGGGCCGCUGGAGAUCAGGGUGGUGGAGGAAGGGACGUUCGAUAAGAUGAUGGACUACGCACUCAGCCAGGGGGCCUCCAUCAACCAGUACAAGGCGCCACGGUGCGUGCGGCAUGGGCCCGUCGUCGAGCUGCUCGACGGCCGGGUGCAGUCCACGUUCUUCAGCCCCAAGUGCCCCAAAUGGGCGCCGGGCAACAAGCAAUGGGACAAGGACGCCGGUGGCAUCUGAUGCGUCGUCAUCUCGCUUUUAUCGGAGAGCAAAAGUCGGACACAUGCAUGUUAGCCUUUGAUGAGAAUGACCACCGCUUAAUUUAGAGAUCUAUGCGUUCUACUUCUUCCCUUUUGAUUCCUCCGCCAUCUUUUCCCAUGCUGUUUCUUCUUCUGUGUUCGAUGUCAUGGAUCAAGCUAUCUCUGUGUUCAUCCCAACUCUGUACAAACAUCGCCUGUUAAGGAACGUCUUUUCUGUGGUUCGGUUCUGGUGC